UGAUGAAUAUAUUUAUAUUAUUUAUACAUUCGAGUGCCUAUUACAACAACAACAAUUUUUCUCCAAAAAAACUUUUUUUCUUCUUUAUUCUUUUUAAUUUAAAUAUAUCAUUAAUUAAUUCAAAAAUUUGUUUGUCUUCUUUAAAUGAAGAAAAUGAAGAAACUAAAAGUUUAACUAAAAGUAUAAAAAUAUGUCCAGAUUUUAAAGAUGAACCAGAAGAAAUUGCUUGUUGUCCUUCACAAAUAACUAGUGGAUCUUUCUUUUGUUGUACAGAACAACACAAAAAUGAGUUAGAAUCAGAAUUAGCAUCAGAAGCUAGAAAGAAAUUUAUUUCAGGACAUAUUCCAGAACUUGUACUUUUAAUUUUGGCAUUAAUAUUUUUAUUAUUUAUUUGUUGCUCUUAUUUAUGUAGACGAACUCGAUUUUGUCCUUUAUUGCAUAGAAGAAAAGCUAGUAGUAAUUCUAAUAUAUUAAUUGGAAGAUCAACAUGCUCAGCUGCCGAUUCAGCAGAAUUUUCUUGCCGUCCACAAUUUAAUAAUACACAACAACAACAAAGACGCUCAUUUCAACGUCCAUACCAUCAUUACCAAAUAGCCUCUUCUUAUCAACAAGCUAGUAGCCGUCCAUUAUUUAAUAAUACAAUAAAUAAUUUUGAAAAAGAAUGUGAACCUCCACAACCACCUCCUCCACCACAACAACCCCCACCUCCAUAUAGCUCAGUAAUUGCUUCAGCACCUACAGCCUCUCUUUUCUCUUUUGAAUCACGUCAAAAUAGAUUAAAUACACAACGAGAACAACAACAAAGAGCAUCUUUAAAGAAGAAGAUGAAGAAGAGGAGGAGGAAGAAGGAGAAGAACAGGAAGUUGUUGAAAUAACUUCA